AUGACAGUUCUGGAGCUGGGAGUACACAUGGGCCACACCACGGCCGUCUUAGCUGCGAUAUUUCGGAAGGUGAUUUCAGUGGACAUCUUGAGGACGUCUUUGGAUGUCGCUGCCAAGCACACCGCUGCCUUGCCAAACGUGUUUCUGCUAUCUUUGGAUCUUAUGGCGGCCGACUGGCGGGCUUUUGCCAGCAACAACGUCAGCGUAGUCGUUAUCGAUGCGAGCCACGACUAUGCCAGCGUCCUGUCGGACGCGCGCAACUCCCUGCACUACUUGCCGCACUUAAGGUACCUGGUCUUCGAUGACUACGGCUUCGACCCGGUGUAUCGAGCGGUGCAGGAGCUUGAGGAUGUAGGGCUCCUGACAAACUGCCAGAGCCUGGGCACCGGCUGGGACCGUCGCGUCGGCCGCUCUGAGGGCCGGGUCUGCAAGGCGGAUCCCCAAAGGAGGAGCCUCCGAUGGACCCUUCAGCGCAGCUUCCUCAACUGGCGCUUCCACCUUUACAGGUUGCCCUUGACUCUGCAGCACUUCGGCUACAUGCGCUUCCUCCCCGACGGAAGCCUCCUCUCCUCGCAGUGGCGAAGGGGCAACUGGAGUUUCGUCAUGGGGGAGGAUCGAUACUUGCAGCUUCGCAUACCGCGCCUGGGGCGGGGUGAGCGUGUGCUCCUGCACUUCAACGAGCGCCGCAAGGGAUUCCUCAUGUGCCGGCUAUCGAUGCAGGAAGCAGAGUGGUUUGGAAUCUCUGAGGACCUGGUCCAGGAUCCUUUCAAGCUUGCGAACGAGGGCUUUCACUCCUACUAG